GCAGAUGGCCUGAUGGGCCUAACUUUCAUGUAGCAGCCACUGCCUUCCGCACACUCUCGUGGCCGUGCUCACGCCUCGAACCCAACCAGAUCGGAGCCGCGCCGGCCUGCCGCCGCCGCCGCCGCCGGCUUCUUCUCCAAUCGGCAGGGAUCUCCCUGCGUCGCGCCGCGGCGGAGUGCCGGGCCUGGGACCGGUCUGUCUUGGCGCCGGGGACGGGAGAGGAGCAGCGCCGGCGACCGGAGUGGGGGAAGGAGCCGCGCACAUCGGAGACGCGGCCUACAUCCAUUCUUCCCCGCGACGGCGACGCCGGAGAGCGAAAGCGGUGGCAGGCUCCGCUGACGAAGCUCCGGUCGGUCGGCCUGAGGUGGGGUGGGGCGCAGCUAAUCUUGCCGAAAAAUCGGGGAUUCAACUGAAGAUAAUAUGCCUCACGUCGAGGGUGCUGGUGCAAUUCCUAUUGGUGGUGGUGAAGUGGGGUUCGCGAAGCUGCAGGGUGAGGAUUUUGAGUACUACAUGCAGACCUACUCGAUCAUGCUGGGCCGCAACAGCAAGAAAUCGACGGUGGAUGUCGAUCUUUCCAGCCUUGGUGGGGGCAUGAACAUCUCGCGCCACCAUGCACGGAUAUUCUACGACUUCCAGCACCGCCGCUUCACGCUCGAUGUCAUCGGGAAGAACGGCUGCCUUGUUGAGGGUGUCCUGCAUCUCCCUGGGAAUCCUCCUCUUAAGCUUGACUCGCAGGACCUCCUUCAGAUUGGGGACAAGAAGUUUUACUUCCUCCUGCCUACAAGGUCUAUCUUUGCCUCGCUUGCCGCUGCUCGACAAGCCCCUUUUAUUCCGUCACAUAUCGCACCGCCAUCGUAUGUGCAGCCAGGGCACCCUCGUGUGUCCGAUUUCCAUGACGGCCUCCCUGAAGGUGAUUAUGGCCGGGACAGUGAUGACAUUGGGAAUGGUGUCAGUGCAAGUGGAAUGAAUGGCAAGCUGAAGAGAGCCAAAAAGUCUCCGGGAGAUUUAGACAUCUAUGGUGGGCACAUAAUCAAUGUUGAACCAAUAGGAACAAUCGGCGAGGACAAUAGACCAGAAAUAAGGUUGAGGGGUGACCGGGAUGUGGACAACCAGCACAUCCUUCAAUUGGAAGAGAAGGAAGUCGUGUCAUCUGUUGCGACUGUGUUAUCUGACCUUUGUGGUCCUGGACAAUAUAUGCCUAUGAGAAAACUUCACACAGAGCUUGUGGACCGGUUUGGCAACGUCUGGCACCACACCAGGGUGCGGAAGUACCUGACCUGGGAGGAGUGGUCGCCAAUUAUAGCCAAGGGGAGGCCAUGGUUCGGGCUGCUGGAGCUGCUCAGGAAGCACCCGGAGCACUUCGUCAUCAACACAAAAUGGAAGGGCAGGGCGAUCUCGGAGUUCGUUUCGCUGGUUUCCUUGCUCUCCUAGACGGAACCAGACCAGCAAGGCUGUGUCUAAGCUUUUCUUGUGUUUCGUUUCGCACCUGUAGUGUAGUUUCCAGAAGGCCGGGUGGUGUCCUGAUUUGUGUAUGAGAGAGCAAUCAGUUAGAUGGAAUUGCUGUGAUGCAUUGUAUCCCGAGUUUCUCUGUCUUAGCUCUGUAGUGUUGAGAAUGUUGUGUGGAAACUUAGACUUUUAAGUGGUAUUCAGUUCAUAUCUUUUCAUAUUUGAA